UAAUAGGUCUGGGAAUUACACAGUCUAUCAGUCGUUUCCCCCUUCAUUGGAGGCCUCAACUGGUGCUGCGUGUCCCAAGCCCUCGUGAGGGCAGUCGAUUGCGGUAACCAAGAGGUCCCAGUCGCAUUUCAGCGCUAAGGUUUCCUCCCGAAGGGACCAGUGCCAGUGUUGUUAAUUUAUCCGCACAUUUUCAGUGUCAUUGAACUGACGACAUGUUUUAUUCUUAUCCAACCACAAAAUUUUAUCGCUUGAUAAUUGAUUAAUUAAUUAAGGAGUGAAAUAAUUCAAUUCAAUGUGAAUUUAACUAGUUACAAAUUUUUUUUUAAUGAAGAUGUUGGAACCUCCGAAAAAUGAAGAACCCAUGGGAUUUUCCAGGAGAUCAAUGACUCCUGGACCUUCGGGGAGUAAUCAAGGAGUUACAUUAUCCUGGAGAGAUUUAUCGGUUUAUGCUGUGGAUCGGGGGAGCAGCAAUAUUUGCAAACAAAUAAUUAAUAAUGUUCGUGGUGUUUUGAAACCUGGGGAUUUAACGGCGAUAUUGGGAGGGAGCGGUGCAGGGAAAAGUUCUCUCAUGACCGCCCUUGCAUAUCGAACGGCUCCCGGAGUGGUGGUGCAUGGGGACAUAAGAGUGAACGGCCACCCAGUGGAGUCCAAAUACAUGAAACAUCACAGUGGAUUUAUGCACCAGGAAGACAUCUUCAUCGGUACGAUGACAGUCCUGGAGCACCUGUGGUUCAUGGCUAGAAUGAAGUUGGAUCGGAGAAUAGCGACGCGAGAGGUUCGAGAAAAGAUAAACGGUCUGUUACGGGAAGUGGGACUUUUCGAGAGAUCUGGGGUGAGGAUUGGCUCCGGAGGGGACGACAAAGUGCUGUCCGGAGGAGAAAAAAAAAGACUGGCAUUUGCAACUGAACUUCUCACUGAUCCCAAAAUUCUGUUCCUGGAUGAACCAACCACUGGUCAAGACUCAAAUUCAGCCAUUGUCCUCAUAUCUCACUUGACUGCAUUUGCAAAUCGAGGGAGAACUGUUCUCUGCACCAUUCAUCAACCGAGUUCAGCUAUAUUCGAUAAUUUUCAUCGGAUUAUACUCGUGGCUGAUGGGAGAAUUGCAUUUGCUGGGACUAGAGAUCAGGCACUUGUGUUCUUUUCACGACAGGGCUACGAGUGUCCCAGUAAUUACAACCCAGCUGAUUUCCUCGUGGCUACCUUGGCGAUAGCCCCCAGGGAUGAGGAGAGCUGCAGAAGAGCUGCUCAGAGGGUCUGCGAUGCAUUUCUCACGAGUGACUCUUGUAAAGAAAUGGAUGUCACGUUACAACUGGAGGUUCAUAUCUCGAAGGCAUACCAUUGGAAAAGCGAUAUUUUUGAUGAUUUUAAACAUCCAAGAUGGUGGACAAGGCUCUUCUGGUUGACCCACCGUGGCUUCUUCCAAGUGCUGCGAGAUCCUUCCAUAGAAUUCAUCAGAAUCCUCCAGAAACUCUGUGUUGCCACGAUGGCUGGAUUAUGCUUUGUUGGAGCAGUAAGUAUGAACCAAUUGGGAGUUCAGGCAGUCCAAGGGGUCCUGUUUAUCCUCGUAACAGAGAACACGUUUUUCCCGAUGUAUGCCACUCUCUCCCUUUUCCCUCAAGAAUUACCGCUGUUUCUCAGGGAAAACAAGGCUGGCAUGUACUCCACACAUCUUUAUUAUAUCUCCAGAUUAAUAUCGUUGUUUCCUGGAUUAAUUGUCGAGCCUGUGUGCUUCACGACGAUAAUUUACUGGCUAGCAGGUCUCAGAAAUACAGCCCAGGCAUUCGGACUCACUCUUCUCGUAACGAUCUUCACGAUGAAUGUCUCCACAGCUUGUGGAUGUUUCUUCUCGGCUGCGUUCGAGACGGUUCCCUUGGCGUUGGCGUAUCUUGUGCCUUUUGAUUAUAUUCUGAUGAUCACAAUGGGGCCUUUCAUCAAAUUAAGCUCUCUUCCACUUUACAUCAAAUGGGUCAGGUACAUCUCCUGGCUUCUGCAUUCGACAGAGGCUCUGACGAUCGUCCAGUGGCGAGGAGUACAAAAUAUUUCUUGUGAUUCCUCAAUUUUUCAACCCGAACUGCCCUGCGUCACUGAUGGAUCUGAAGUCAUGCAGAUGUACGACUUUGACGAGAACCACUUCUGGCUGGACCUCAUCUCCAUGGCUAUUUUAUUCACUUGCUUCCACGUACUGGGGUACGUGUGUUUAUGGAGGAGAAUUCGAGCAAAAUAAUAUCCGUACUCAUUCCACUCGACGUUACGCCAUUUUUUUAUUCGUCAUCCGAUAAAUAAUUAAUAAAAAUCCUCACACGUUCCCGAAUGUGUUUAAUAUUGCAAUCAAUAACGAUUUUACGUUCUACGACGACUGGAUAGCAGAUGAAAAUAAAAACAUUGUUGAAUCAUACUUCGUACCUC